AUGGACGUCGCUAAGGCAUAUAAGACAUCUCAGCCGCAGCCCUGCCACCAUGAACAAGCAUAUAACCGCGUAAUCGAUAACGAGGCUCUGCACUACCGGCACCCCUACGGAGCUCGGGCGCUCCCUCGCUUGAUAGGGCAGCUGCAGCGCGCCAAGACUAUUGGUCCAGCGAAGGUUUUGGAGGCACUGUCAGCCAUUAAAGGAAUCCUCUCUGACCAAGAAGACAAAUGGAAGGCUCUCAACUACGACAUUGUGGCAGCAGCGGCGCCUCUGCUGGACUUCAAUACUGAGCACCCAUUUGAAAGCAAGUUCCUCGGAGCGCGUCUUCGGCGGCAGCCAGUGACCGCACUUUCCUCUGAGUCUACAUGCUUGCGCGAACCGUCUGGGCAUGCUGAAGCAGCUGCAAACAGAGCGACCAGCAAUGGCAAGUCCAGACGCCGUCCUGACAACGAGCAGUCUGGUAUCCCAGCAACCACAGUCGGAAACUGUGACUCGGGGGAGACGGCAGAAGCGGACAGCGCCAUAUCCGCAGAACCCUUCCAGAAAAGGGUCACAGACGAAGCGAGCGGCGAUUUCUACAACGACAUCCGCUUUGGAAAGACCUGUUCGAUCGCUGGGCAUGAAAACCCUCAUUUACGGAUAGGCGUCGCCUGCUGCAGUGGGGCCUGCCCUCGCCGGUCUUCGUGUGGCGACUUCCUGAUUCAAGCUGCGGCAGCUGACGUCAUUGGGGGCGCCACAUUACUGCCAGCAGGGAGAAAAGCUGCAAAAGAGUCUGGGGCGAUUGAGCGUUUGGGCCAGAAGGUUCUGGUCACUCAGUCCGAACUGGUCAGACCCAGCGGGAGUGCCUCGCUGCAGCUCUUGAAGUUCUCUGUUGUCUCGCCCAGUGAGUGGCUUUGGGAGACGAUCGCCAGGUUGCUUGGCAAGUCAUGGACGCCAGUGAAGGAGCGUCGAGACUCCUCUGCGUCCUUUGCGCGACCGACGAAGGAAGAAAAACAGCCUCCGCCGCCGGGGUACAGAUUGCUCGUUUCUGUGCAGCAACGGAAGCGCCCUAGUUAUUUCGAACGUCAGUUCGUCUUGAGUCCACUAUACGGCCCCUCGUCUAUAACGGAUGUCGUCGGGAAAAUCCGCGCUGCAUUGGCAGAAGAAGACGACGAAAAGAGGACGAGCGAUGAAGCGAAAGACACCCAGCAUAAGUCUCUGCUUCAAGACUUAACCGCGCAGCGACGAAAACUUGAAGAAAGUAUUGACCUCAACAGGGGGUGCUGGAUGGCUGACCACCAGCAAUGCAGCACAGCUGGAGGGAUUCCUGAGGGCGCUGAUGAAGAGUCAUCAAACAAAAGCCCGAAAUACGACGAGAGCGAGACCGCUGCUGCCAAAUGUGACAGCCAGAGGGACGGAAAACCACAGAAUAGUACGGUAACAGAAGACAUCGCCGUAUUAGCUUUUCUCCACGGACCGGGAGAAUCCACAAACGGAGCGCCGCCAACUGUGGCGGAGGGGGAAGUCUCCGCUCCCUACAGCGCAGCAACGUACCAAGAAGAGGCCCUGCAGCCUGAAGACCAACAGUUCAUGGACGCUCUGCUGCGCCUGCAUAACACGAAGGCAUUCAGCAACGGAGGACUGAAGCACGGGAUGUGCUGCUGCCGAACUUGCCUGCGCUCGGAUGCCCGCAGGGGCGAGAUCCAAACCGUAAGCCUGCAGAGUGAGCCUGGAUCCCUACACGUAAAGCAGCGAUACGCGUUUGCCUCGAUAGAGACACUCAGAUGCGCACACGCCUUCUCCGCGCCCCCGAAAGCUAAUUUGGUAGCUGUCUGA